AUAUUGUAGAUUGUAGGCAUGUUAGGCAUGUAAGUACUUAUUUUUUAAUACUGAAACUCCAGGCUAUUGAUAAGCGAGAAUGCAGUUAAGGCUGUUGAAGUUAACGGCGUUACGCGGCAUCUCGGAUACUGCGGGCGCCAGCGGCUGUCAGCACAGCACCAGUGAGAGACGCGCCGCGGAGCGCUGCGCAUGGCUACGGUCAGCCACACUAUGUCCCACACCACACACAACCAAACAAACUUUGCCAAACCAAGUGUUCACUUAAUCUUAUAACACCAGUUGGAAAGUGGAAGUGCUGCCUGAUAUCUGCAUUGUUUAUGCUCACCAUUUCAUCAUCUUCAAUAUCUUAACGGAAUUUGUACUUAAAAGAAAAUGGAUUACGAUAGCUACGAUGGAAAGCUAACGACGGUGGAGCCCGGCGUGUCUAUGACGGCGCUGGACGAGGAGAUCCCCUCGCUGACGGUGGCGUCCAUCAUCGGCGUGGCGCUUGUGGUGCUGGUCGCAAUCGCCAUCGUCUUCGUGCUAGGCGUCCUCAUAGACUGCCGGCAACAGCGACUACUAGAUGAAAAAAUGGGCGAGAUGAAACGUGCCAGGAGCGUGCGGGGCAGACGUGCGUCUGCGCAAGACGCGGACGACGCCAGCAUCGUCAACAACGAGGAGGCCCCGCCCACCAGCAUGCCGCCCGCUGCCAUGCUAAGAGAUGUGCCAUGAUCACACCGACUACACGAAUUGGGUUUCACCGUGACGUUGAUGUCCGUAUUAAAUUCUCAGAAUACCUAGUCUAUAAACUGAAUGAUUGAGAAAAACGUUAAAAAAACCUUACAAAGAAAAUAUGUGCCUGUCUAAAGGAAGACAAUGUUCCAUAUUAUACUUAAAAUAAAUAUAUUUUAGUAAUGUUUUUAAUUUUAUGAUGGUGUCAUAAGGUGCUUAAUUCAUUAGGUAAUUGAUAAAUUCAUCAGCAUCUAGAAUGUAGAAAUAAGCACCUUUUGACCAGAAUAUACACUAAAUUAAAUGAAUAAAGUGACUGUUAUAUUUUAUAUACUUAUACAUUUACUAUACAUAAAUAUGUUAUUGUGAGGGAUAGGAUAUUCGACGACAUGUCUAUUUAUUUAUCUAGUUAAAGCCUGCUUGUCUAUGUAAUUUAGCAAUUUCGACAAACUUUCGAUAAUAGUUUGCUCCACCACUCACCUAUUAUUUUGAUAUUUGUCCAAUGUAAUUAUGGCUUUCCAUAUAGAAGGGUUCUAAACUCAAUAAGAACUAUCGUAACAUAAAUGUAUGUUGGAAUUAUAGAUAAAAUGGAUUUUAUUGCAUUUGAAAAAAUUGCAUACGGACCGUUUUGUAAUGGAAAGCCACAACAUAUAAAGGAGCUGUUAAAACAAUAAAGCGAUAAAUAGGGAACA